AGUAGGCUCCGAUGGCUGCUUGUAAAUUCCUGGGACAAAGGCAGAUAUCCAGGUGAUGGCGCUGUUGCGUCGCUGUCUCUGCGGUCGGUUCUCGUCCGGUGUGCAUCGAGACCUGCAGCGGCUCAGAAGAUGCACACAGCUCGGGCUGUGCACAACCGAGAGGAGCCUGGAAGCUAGCGACGCUGCAUGUUUGCUCCAGUAAAGGAAGCUGCUGUUCAAGCUGCACGACACAGUAAACAGUAAACAGACAUGGCAGGAAUUAUCAAAAAGCAGAUUUUGAAACAUUUGUCAAGGUUCACCAAGAAUCUUUCCCCAGACAAGAUCAACCUGAGCACGCUGAAGGGGGAGGGGCAGCUGUCAAACCUGGAGCUCGAUGAAGAGGUUCUGCAGAACAUGCUGGACCUGCCCACCUGGCUCGCUGUCACUCGGGUUUACUGCAACAAAGCCGCCAUCAGGAUACAAUGGACAAAGUUGAAAACAAGCCCCAUCUGUCUGUUCUUGGAUAAGGUAGAGGUAGAAAUGAGGACAUGUGAGGAGCCACGUCCCCCUAACGGCCCGUCUCCUAUAGCUAUAACAGCAGGCCAGAGCGAGUACGGCUUUGCAGAGAAGGUGGUGGAGGGCAUGUCUGUCAGGAUCAACUCCAUCACCAUCAAGGUGCAGGCUCGGGCCUUCCACGCCUCCUUCGAGCUCUGGCAGUUACAAGGCAACAGCCUCAACCCCAAAUGGCAGCACAGUGACCUCCGCUACACCCGCGUCACCGACCCAAAGAGAGGAGAGGUUUUGACAUUCAAAGAAAUAAACUGGCAGAGCCUACGAAUCGAGGCGGACGCCAUCGAGGGUGACGACCAGGACCUCGGUAGCACGCCAUUACGCCUGAUCACCAACCAGGGACGCAUUCGCAUCGCUCUAAAACGCAGAAUAAAGGACUGUAACGUGCUGGCAUCCAAGCUGCUUUUCAUUCUGGACGACCUGUUGUGGGUGCUGACGGACUCUCAGCUCAAAGCCAUCAUCCAUUACGCCAAAUCCCUCAGCGAGGCCAUGGAGAAGUCGGCCCAGCAGAGGAAGAGCAGGACUGCUGAAUCCCUGCAGACUGCUCCUCCGUCGCCUGGCCUCCAUAACCUUUGGACGGAGACCCCACAGACCCCGACUGGCACCCCCAGCAACAUGAGUCAAUUCUUUGAUCUCUAUGAUGUGAAGGAGUCUUCUUACCACACCUUCAUAUCCCGCUUGGACUUACACAUAUGCAACGACAGCUCUUCAAUGGAUGAUGAUGAGGCCCCCCCACCGGGCGUACAAGGUGCCAUGCAGCUGACAUUCAGGAAGCUGGGUUUCGACUACUACCCCGUCCACAGACCUGCUGAUGGAUGUCGACACUGGGAACGCCACAGUGGAGCCAUGGAGGCUCAGGCCCAGUGGGCUGGGAAACUGCUGCAGGAGUACCAGCGGAGAGCAGAGGCUUCUGGGUUCCCUGGGCCACACACCGAGGGGCCCCAGGCAACCAAGGAGUCCUCUGCAAAGACAGCUCAAGACGGACAGUCCAGCCCGAAGUCCAGCCCCUCUGACACGGAGCAGGCAUCCAGCAGGAACACAUCCACGGCUCCUCCGGGGUCGUCACUGAAGAGGCUGCGAUCCAGCUGUGUGGUGGUCAGGAUGGAUGACGUGGACAUUCACCAGGUGUCUACGAGAGGCCGUCAAAACAAGAAGACCCGCUCUUUAUUAUCCUGCAACCGUAAAGCUCUGCAUUUGCCGGACAACGUACCAGCAAUUCAUCUGCAGUUCACUGAAUACUACUUUCCUGACAACCCCAAUUUUUCAGUGCCCACGUCAAACCUGUAUGCCCAGAUGAAUAGCCUCCAGCUCUGUGUGGACCCAGCCAGCGUGUUGUGGAUCAAUCUGUUUUCCAGAGGCCUGCUGCACACCCUGGACCAGGUCAAAGCUUUCUACCAUUUGCAAGACAGCAGCAGGGCUGAAGAGCAUGUCGACAUCCGCAUGGAUGCCGCUCAGCUCAAGUUAAUCAUCCCCUUGGAUUCUUCCAUAUUGGACCAUCCGGAGCGUCCUCAGUCCCUCUCUGUUACUGUUCCCCAGAUGGUUCUCAGUAACACUCGCCUCUGCCCUCAUGGCUCCAGAGCUGACCUCAACGGCACCUUUAACAAGUUCGCCGGCUGCCCUUUCUUCCAGCACACCCCUCCCUGCCCCUACCCCAGAGACCAGAGUGCCUUCCAGCCCAUCCCGUCCACCUUCCUCCAGCACUCCAAAGAGACUGAGCCCCAACCUCUGGACAGAAAGCAGCUGCGUUCCCAGGAUGUCUGGUCUCUCAGUCUGUCCCGUGUGACCCUAGGUUUUGAUGGAGCUCGGCGAUUCCCCAAAGGCGGAACCCAACCUUUUGUUGAGCCCUUCGCCAUGUCUGUGUGGAUUUGUCAGCCCUCUGCCUUUAGAAACGGAUCACCGUCUUCCUCCUCCAGUCCCAGCGGAGACCACCAGCCUUCCUCAGAGCAGGAAGAUGCUUCGCUUGCCUCCAUCCACUUCUUGGCCCACACCAUCACCCCGGUGAAGAUGUGGCUCAACCACUACCAGUACGUAGCCCUGCUGAGGAUGAAGGACUCCAUGGCUCGGUUGGGCGCAGAGCUGGGCCGGGAUCUACGAGAUGUCAAGCAGGCUCGCGGCCAGAAGACAAAACCUGCUACGGUUUGCCUCGCCCUCCUGGUGGACUCUGCGGAACUGGGUCUCCUGUUGCCACCAGUGUGCACAGAGCCUGAGGAAGAAGUCCCCCACACCCCCGAGACAGACAGCCCCAGCAUAUCAGACUCUGACAUCUCCCCCACUCAUCACUCUGCAGUGCUGGAGGACAGCGGGUUAGAAAACGGCAUCUCCUCCAUCAAUACUGUCUCUGGGUACGAUCAGGAUGAGGUGGUGGAGGAGGCGUGUGAGGCUGUGGAGGUGUUGGGAGGGGACGGUUUGACACAGGAGGACACCCCGGCCCUGUCUCCUCCACUCUCACCUGGACACUCCACCGUCCUCUCCCGCGAGCUGUCAAACUUCAGCCUGGAGGGAGAGCUGUCCAGCGCCAUCAACGUCACCAAGGAUGCGACCAAAGAUGCCUUCAGUGCCUCGCUGGACCUGACCAAAGGGGCUUUUUCAAUAACGAAGGACGCCUUCAGCAUGCUGAGUCGUGGCUCCGGCAUGAGCAAACUGUUCAGUACGCAGGCAAAGGAACAGGUCCAGCGUUCAGAAGAGUCCUCCCCGUCUCUGGCUGCCAGCCUGCGCCAUCAAUCCAUGAAGCAGUCGCCUUCCCAGCAUUCCUUUGACAGUGCCAUCUUGGACGGCAGCCUUCCUGAUGAAAAUCUCUCCGUGGACAGCGAUCUCAGUGACAAUUUUGUCGUCCUCAUGGACUCGGAGUCGGGCUUGGAGUCCAUGCGACCCAACAACACUCCUGCAGCUCCUGGUACAGAGGGAGGUUCAUCAGCGGACCUCAGCAGCUCUCUGUCCCAGAGCAUUGAGGACAUUUCUCAGGAUAUGUCCUCAGUGUUGCUGCUGAUCCUGAGUGGAACAGCCUGUACCAUAGAAGUGAAGGGAGAAGAUCAAGUAGUCGCUGUAGAAGCUCAGAAUCUGAGCCCUGUGCAGAUGGGAAAUAUCAAAGUAUCAGACCUGCUGGCCGGCCUCGUACAAGCUCCAGGCGGACCAGUCCCUAAGCCGGAUAGACCGGGUACCAGGGCCUCUCCAGCAGUGUGCAUGCGAGCAGAAACGGGUCCGUCUGCAGCCCGACACUCCGCUUCGGCCGAGUCUUCGGGCUUUUUGGACAUCAGAUUGCAAGACUGCCAGGCCCAGUUGUUAGCCUCCACCGUGGCCAACAUUGGUCCUUUUCUGGAGGACGAGUUUAGUGCUGAUGGUCAGCCGAUGAAGUUACAUAUGAGAAACAUCACCAUCACUUUGAAGGACGACAGCCCUAAAAUCUACCCGACGGCCCCCCAAGCUGUCCCGGCCUCGUUCGUUGUAGAUCAGCUGCUCCUCGAGCGCUGUGACGAUGGCAUCAUGAGGCUCAGAGCUGAAGGUACAGACCCCCAUCAGGCCUCAGCAGGUGUUCCUGUUUCUGGCCCUUCCUGCUCUGUUCAGCAGCAGCCCGAGAGACAACCCCUGGAGUCCCAGCUCUCUGAUGCCCAGGCCGCUCUCACCCAGGCCCUCGGUGACAGAGAGCGCCUCCUUCUGGAAGUCAGGAAGCACGACCCCACGUUCACCCUCUGAGCCUCUCUUGUCCCUUUCACCCUUUUCGAACCUGCUGCGUCACUGCGCCUGCUUUGGGGAAACGGUGAUGGGACGUAUCAGGCUGAAUGUCAGGAACCAGCAAGACUCAGUAAAAGCAUGUCUGCACAGUGGACGUGUGCGGGGGAAAAAAAGAAGAUGAUUCCAAGUUGUGGCUUUGGAUCGCUUCCCACCAUAAUCACACUGGUCAUGAUAUUACAAAAGAGCCCCUAUAGCAAUUAUAUAAAAAGGGGGAGUCGAGUGAAUUAACUUAAAGCUACAUUUAUGGUACUCCUUUUUAUCUGGCAGUCUAGAUACUCCUCACUGCUGUAACACAAAUGAUCCUGGUCAUUUCUCAUCCAAAUCCAUGUAGACAGUAAACUCAUUGUGUGGUGUUUUUUUUUUUAGUGUUUUGUCACCCAGCAUGCACGGUUUAAUAUCACCAAGGCUUUAAUUCUCUCCAGUUCAUUAUUUGUGUUUCAGAAUUGAGCACAUGCCAAAAAACCUCCUCUUAUCAUGCACUGACACUGCCAGACAGCUGCUAGUCCAUCAGCCGCUCCCUCUACACAACAUAACUUAAUGUCCAGCAUGCUUUGUGAACAGUGCUUAUUAACAUGUAGCACAUUUACAGAUAGACGAGUCAUGAAGCUAAUAAGACUUAUUAACGUAGAUUACUCCCGUUAGGUGUGUGUGUGUGUGUGUGUGUGUGUUCCUUUUCAUUUCAAAGUAUUAUGACAAUAUUAUCAGCUGUUACUUGUUGAAAAUGUGAAGGGAAAACAAUGCACUUUUUAUUUUAUUUUAAAAGAAGUAGAAGUACACUGCUUUCACGGAGAGACGGAUGCAUCUCACUUUCCACCUUAGUUGCUUUAUCACCAGGGAAGAAUGGUUACACUCUCUUAUCAAGUUCUCACUGUUUCUAAAAAAAAAAAGUGGGUUGAAUCAUUCCCCAGCGUCGUCUGUCGUUUGAGAUGUGAAACGUUGAUCAUGUUUUAUUUGUACUGUAGAACAAUGUGCUCUGUGGUCGAACCUCCACUGGAGACGGACGUGUCUUUUGGAUCUCUCCCCCGACGGUGGAGAACAGUGUGCACAGUAGCUCCAGAAUUGAAAUGGGGUUAGUCUUUUCACUCGAACUCUCUGGUUUAAAAGAGGUUUGGGAUCAUAUACCACCAACCAGAGUAAUGUAUAAUACUUGAUCUCCUUAAAACUUGUUUUGUAGUUUGCAAGGAAACAUCUCAGACUGCUAGUGUUAUUACCUCUGAGCACAUUCACCAUGUAUAGUAUAGAGUUCAUGCACUGACAUGUGUAGAUUCAUUUAGAUUAGUCAAAGUGUGUUUUUUGUUGUUACUUUACAGUGUCUUGAAGCCAUAUCAAUCAAAGAAGAUGACAUUUUAAAGAGCAGCGGUACUGAUAAUGUUUGCACACACAGUGUGUCAUGUAAAUGACCAAAUUCACGACAAAAAAGUGAACUUUGUCAGCGGGUUAAAUCCUGAUCUGCUGCAGAUUUGAUCUAUCAGACCAGUUGCCAUUUAAAAUGUCUGUCACUUUCUUUUUUCUAUGCAUGGAUCCCAACAAUGAUGGAUUUGUUCAUCAAAAAGACUGUUGAACAGUGUAACAUUCAUUGUAUGAAUACUUUUGUGGAACAACCCAGUCAGCUACAUUUUACAUACAAAUGUUCUUUUGUUAAAUCUGUGGUUUAGAGUGUUGCCUGUGGAGGUAUGUUAUCUGUGUGAAUGGUUGCAGAGCUGUUACAGCCCCCAUUCAUCUUUCAUGAUUGUCCCACUGUGUGCUUGGGAGACCCCUGGUGGCUGAACACGUCAGAGCAGUCGAUAUUUAAAACAUCUUUUCUUUCUUGACUCUGGCUGCCUUGUUAGCUACGAAUGACAAAUUUUCAUUCAAAAAGAGGAAUGUCAAAUAUUUAAGCAAUAGAAAGACAGCUUUGGUUAAAACCAAAAACAUUACAAAGAACGAUAACACUACACGUCUUUGAUGUGGAAUUCUUCAAUGUUCAAUAUGACCAACGUCAAAGAAAAGUGAUUUACCGGUCUACCAGGUUUUCCCCUCAUCUGCAUGUGUACUCAACACAUCCUAACUAUUAGUGUAAUAAUGCAGACAUACUGCCAUUUAACCUCAGUAUAACUUAGUUGUGAUCUCAGCUUUUGAUGGUUUUGUAUUUGCAUGGCCUUAGUAGACAAAAAAAUACAGCGGUACAAAGUCGGGCUUCCUAUGCUGGAUGCAACAUGUAACUGUAGAUCCAGUUUAUACCCCCACCUCGAUCCACCCUCUCCUCUGUCAGGCCUCACUGUUAAGUAGCAUCCCUGUUCUGCUGACAAACCGGUGCUCUGAGUUCCAUCAGGUCCAUAAAGAUGCAAGAAGGAAGAGAUGGAUGGAGAAUGAAGCAAGACUCACUUCAACCUGGCAAAAUGUUGCCACUGAAAGCAGAUGCAUGUACCGAGGCAUUGUUGCAUAGUUUAUGCCUUGUGAAUUACUUGCACUUGUGUGAUAAAUUCACUGGAAUUUGCACUUGUUUUGAUGUAAAUCAGUAUUUUUGUCAGUUGUGUAGUUUUUUUGUAUUGUCUUUAUCACCUAAUU